AUGCGCGGAAGGAGCUGGGGAGGUGCUGGCUCAGGGCUGUGCGGCGCUGGAUCCCAUCCGCACUCCCAGCCUGCCCAUCACGUGUCAGCACUUGGAAGCCACCCCAGCUCCUUCCCUUGGUGAGGUUGCUGCUUCCACCACUACAGCGUGUGCAAGGACGGAGCCCGGCCUCACGUCUUGGCCCUACUGGCACACGCACCCGUCCCGGCCAGCAGCAGCAGAACUGUGCUGUGUUUCAGCAUGCAAACGACACAGGGAGCAGGAGAAAGAGCGCUGCUUUGCUCCACGAGGAUUUCCUCGGUUUCGCUGGAUGGCUGAGGAAUGUCUAACACUAACUACAUCCAGAUGUGCCGACUUGGCAGCCCGCUGCUGAGACGUUACGAGGGGACGCCGGAUCAGCGUUAUCAAAUGGGAUUUGAAGAAUGGAUCCAAUGAGGAAGAAGAUCUCCAGGAAAAGUAUGGACACUGGUGCCAGGCCACUCAAACACAGCUUUUAACAGUCCCAGAAACACUGCAGAGACAAUGAGAGUUCGUCUCAAAGGGGAUGCGAUCUGUACCCUUUUCCUGCUGGUAGUGCUUUGCUCUUUGCUCUACUCCCAGCUGGAACAUUUAGUCCCUGUAGGAAACAAGGAGCUGACACAGAAGAAGCCUUCAGUAACAUCAAAAACGUUUUCUGACUCCAGAGCACCUUGGAGACUGAUGCCAGUAGAGGCAACUGAACACAGGCUCCAAGUAACUCCCAUCCUUAGACAAAGAAAAGUGGCCAACAAAAGGGUCCAAGCAACAACUCCAUCACCAUUGAAUGAUUCUGCCUUCAAGGGCUAUCUCCUAAACAAGGAUAACAGGAACUUCAAUCUCCUCAUUAACCAGCCCAAGAAAUGCAGGAGAACACCUGGAGGUCCCUUUCUGCUCAUUGCUAUCAAAUCAGUAGUUGAAGACUUUGACAGACGUGAGAUUGUCCGGAAAACUUGGGGCAGGGAGGGUCUGGUGAAUGGGGAGCAGAUUCAGCGGGUGUUCCUUCUGGGAACACCAAAGAAUAGAACAGUGCUGGCCACGUGGGAGACCCUGAUCCACCAGGAGAGUCAGACAUACCGGGACAUUUUACUCUGGGACUUCAUGGACACUUUCUUCAACCUGACCCUGAAGGAGAUCCACUUCCUAAACUGGGCUGCUGAGUUCUGCCACAAUGUGAAGUUUAUUUUUAAAGGUGAUGCUGAUGUUUUUGUCAAUGUUGAGAACAUCAUUGACUUCCUUGAGAGACAUGACCCCACCGAGGACCUCUUUGUUGGAGACAUCAUCUACAAUGCUCGCCCUAUCCGUGUCCGAAAGAGCAAAUACUACAUCCCAGAGACCAUGUAUGGGCUAAGCAUCUAUCCAGCCUAUGCAGGGGGAGGAGGCUUUUUGCUGUCCAGCCACACCAUGAGGAAGCUUUCUAGGGCUUGCAAAGAAGUGGAACUCUUCCCCAUUGACGAUGUCUUUUUGGGCAUGUGCUUACAGAGAAUCAAUCUCAAACCCAUCUUGCAUGAAGGAUUCAAGACCUUUGGAAUUGUCAAGCCCUCUGCUGCCCCACACCUGCAGACAUUUGACCCCUGUUUUUACAAAGAUCUCAUGGUAGUCCACAGUCUGAAAGUUGCUGAAAUCUGGCUAAUGUGGAACCUGCUCCACAGCCCACAUCUAUCCUGCACUCAGAAGAAGCAAGUGAAGAAACCUUUCCAGUGGAAAAAGAAAGCUCAAACAACAAAUGCAGGCAUCACCCCUCAGAUAAUGCAGGGAGACUGGAGCAGAAACACAUAGCAGCUGAGACCAGCUGAGAAACAGAGCCUAGAAUUGUUGCAACCAGAUGAACUAACUUUAGAAGCAGAGUAUUUUAGCAUAUCUUAUUUACAAUGUUAAGAGAAAAUGAGAAACUAUGGCAGGAAUUUGCAAAGAUUCCAUAUUUGCACACACACACACAUACCAUGUAGGUCCAUCUCCAUUAGUGAGUCAAAAUAAUAACAGCAUCUUUAAUUUAUUAUUAUUUAUUAGAAUUACAGUAAUGCUUAGUGGGCCAGUGUGUAAAAGCCAUUGCAAACCACAGUCUUUAGAGAUUUUUCAGCAUCGUUAGAAAUGUGAGGAAGGAAAAAAGACAGCAGGUAAGAGAUGACACCAAGUUGCACAGAGACUGUUGUCAACUUGUUACCUUGAAUUGGACUCCUUGAGAAAUGACUGAACUACACAGUAACUACAGUAAAGGAAAUCAAGUCACCUUGGUGUCUGCUCAGAUCAAAUCACUGCUGCCUGCUUGGCUUUCUGUAGCUUCACAAGAAGAGAGCAAGUAACAGGUAUUGAAAUGGGGUCCUAUACAUUGCAGGUAGGGUGGAGUGCAAGAAAACAAUCUGGAUCCUGAGGCUGGCUUGCCUGGUUGAGCAAGGAUAGGCAAGUAGAUAACUGCGAAGGGGCAGGCUUCCAAAGAGUCUUUAAAGAAAGGACAAGAAGAACUUUGAGUUGAUCCCUCCAAGUCUUGAUUUUUCAUUAUUCACAUCACCUCCUCAGUUCAAGUGUCUGCUCCAUGACACACUCAGGACUCAGGGGACCAGUUUGUGGCAAUUCCAUGAGCUCCAGCUCUCUCCCCUAGCCUGACAGUCAAAACUCAAAGUAAUACAACAAUAUCUAAUCUCCCUCACCAUCUAAUCCAGAUCUUCAGAAGGUUUGCAUCUGGAGAGAUCCUUUGGCCUUUGCUUCUGAAGGUAAAACCACACAGAGGUACUACUUGCAUCACAUCUGGGAGCUUCUUUAAACCGAACAGAAACUUGUCAAUGGACUGAGCUGGUUUCUAUAAACUUCAGUGCUCUUGCUUGGCAUAUAGUCAACUGCAAAGAGCAGCCAAUACUUUGCAUAUUGCUGCUGGUGUCACGUGAAGGGAGAAAGCAGGCUUCAGACAAAAGGGCUUCAGAAUAAAAGCCUUUCUGAAUUCAUUGCAAGAAAACAAAAAUACACAGCAACCUUUCUGUUGGCCUGUCCAAGGUCAGUUUGUAGCUUUGUAGUUUAAGCAUUGGACGAGAACACUGGAUUGCUUAGUUUUUCAAAGAACAGUCAAUACUUUAAAGCUUUUAUUUUUUUUUUCCCAGCAGCAAUUUACCUUAAAGGAACAUACUUUGCUUGGACAUCAAAGAGGAAGGAAAUUCCUCUAAAUCAGAGUUAAAAAGUGAUGAAAUUCAUGGGGCAAAAAGCCCAAAUUCACCUUUGAUACUGUGUUUGUUGAUUUCUUUGCAAUUUUUUCCCCUGAACAAAAUUCCCAUGCACCCCAGAAUCUCUGAUGCCAUCCCUCUUCAGGUGAGCACAUACACACAGCUUCAAGGAAAAUUGCAAUCAGUCGUAAAUGUCCAAGUCGCUUUUCCUUGAACAGAGCCUGCAGCACAGCUGCAUUUCAUAUCUGGGUAUCACCUUCCUUCCACCCAGCAGUAAUCCCAGCUCAGUCCUUUUAUUACCUGUGCACAACAUGGAGGAAAGCAAGCUGGUAUUAUCUAUUGUUAGACUACUAAAAGCAGUCUUACAUAUUAUUUUCAUCAUAAGAGUUUAAGCUUUAUAAUGUAUUUCCAAUAAAAGCUCAGCUAUGUAGAAGUCUAAACACCGUAUGUUGAUUUAAGGUACUUUUAGGAUGCAGUGCUGGAAUACAAAAUACUCCUGUAAGCUUUGCAAGGAGCUCUAUAGGGUGUGGAAAUAAGCCAAACCUUGCUGGUGGGAGAAAGCCAAUGAUGCCUCUGUUUGCUAACGUGAUAGUUAUGCAUUGAUGAGCUUGUACAGAAAUGUAUUAUCUGUGAUUAUUUUACAGUUUGGGAAAUUAUUUAUAUCAUAAUUAAAAGACAGCAUGCAGACGUG